AUGCUUCAGAACAGGAAGAAACCUCCAGAGGAACAGGGCUCGGGGAGGGGCGGCCAUCUGCCACGACCAGUUGGGGGUGAGACACGACUCCUGCUCUGUUUUCAGGUGCCAAAGCCUGGCGAGGGCCACAACACCCACGCGGAGACUCCCCAGGAGCUGCUGGGAACCAUGAAACAGGUCUCCUACAAAACUGAGAUCAUCGGAGGAGUCCCCAUCAUCACGGCCACUCAGGUAACGCUCGCAGCUGCGAGCGGCGGGAGCAGCUCGGCAGGUCCGGUCCUGCCUGUGCUGGUAUGCAGCUGCAUUUAUGAGUCAGCUCGCAGGAACACGGGCGAGUUAAGGCUGAUGAAGAACUGGAAGAGACGGUACUUCGUCCUGGAUGAAAAUUCUCUCAACUACUACAAAACUGACAUGGAGAGGGAGCCGCUGAGAGCCAUCCCGCUGAAGGAGAUCCACAAAGUGCAGGAGUGCAAGCAGAGCGAGCACAUGAUGAGGGACAACCUGUUCGAGAUGGUCACCAGCUCAAGAACCUUCUACAUACAGGCUGACAGUCCAGAGGACAUGCACAGCUGGAUUAAGGCCAUCUCAGGCGCGAUCGUGGCCCAGCGCGGUCCCGGGCGCUCCGCUAACACUAUCCGUCAGGCCAGAAGGCUGUCCAGUCCUUGUAUACAGAGGUAUACGCCAUUCUGCAGCGGUGAAUGCAGCACGUAUGUGACCCCCGUGCCUUUUACCCCCAACCCCUGCACCCCGACCCAUUCACCACAGCUUCCCCCUCACCGAGCCUUCACCCUGCGCACCACAACAGACGCGUUGUGGUCCUUCCUCACUCUGAGCUCUCUGUGCGUCGACGCUGUAGUGUUCAUCCAUCACUCCAGCUGUUGCUCAAGCAGCAGGCUGAGAUGCUUCCUCAACAUCGACACUGACGAUGUCUUCGUACACUGUUGUUUUGGCAGCGUCCUCCUCUCACCACUUCCGCCUCACCUCCUCCUUCUCUUCCCUCCGUCUCCUCAGGAGCACCGUGACCACUCCCCUUCCAUCUCCACCUUCUACCUCCCAGUCGAUGAGGAACCCCAAGACUCGCAGUCCUCAGAGAGUGCUGAGCCUCGCUCUGGACACGCGCCAUCGGGACAACUUCCUGGGCCUCCUCCCCUGGAGGCUGAGCGGCGUCCAGUCCGUGAUGGUGCCCCUUCCCCCAGCGCGCUCCCGCCUGUCGCUGCAGGAGACGCUGCAGCCUUCAAAGUGAAAGAGGAGGACAAGCCGGCAUGGGGAAGCCCCAGCGGCGUCUCCAGGUCCCAGCGCCUCCUGGCUGAGGAUCAAGAUGUGCACAUAACCCUGAUCUGACAAACUCUAAUGGACACACACACACACACUUGUGCACGCUGUCAGACUCUGCGUGUCCUGCUGAACCUCCUGGGACCAGUUCUUUGUUUUGUUUUUUUGGGAUGGGACCUUCCUCCGCUGUUUUCCCUUCUCCUUGUCUUCCCUUGUGUCCUACAGUCUGUCACUCCAGGCAAACGACAAACACGGCUUGCUGCUACAGCGGCGCCACGAGUCUCACUUCCUGUGAUGCACCAAAGUUUGUGUGUUUGCUUCCAGCAGCAUGGAAGGCUGACUGAGAGACUGACUAAUCCCACAUGUCGGUGUUUUUCAUUUUAAACUCGCGUAUAGAAGCUCAAGGUCCAGAUUCACUGAGCAGAGGUCCCUGAGCGGCCAGCUUUCAUGAGCAGCUUUCCAGAGGUCACGCUUACUGAAUAUUUCCCGUCGUCAGUGAUGGAAAAAUGUGUCAUUUUUAUAGAUUAGAAAAGAUGCCGGUCUGUCUCUUUCAUAAGACAGCAUUAAACACAAGUCACCCAGCAGGGUGAUGCAGGCAUCUGUGUCCGCCACAGGUGAUCCCGCUGCAGGGAAAGUCCCGCAUUGAGAAACUUUGGGUGGCUUCUGAUCCCUGAAACGCAGAGGGACGGCCUUCAGAAUAAAAUAAUAGCUGUUUGUCUGAAGGAAAAUAGAGGAAAUACGCCUCUGCAGAAGCCUCCCCUGAUAGAUUUGAUUAGGCUUCCAGCUUCAGUUCAUUUAGUUCAUAUUUGGUCACCGCGACUACAGUGCUUUAGAGCCUCUGCGAUGAAAGACAAUCAUCUGCUUCAUGUUUGCUUUGGAAGAUUUAAAGCUCUUUAAUGAAGCAGACAUUCCCAAAGUGAAGAGUGCUGCAGCCCGUUUAAAGACAGGAAACUCACAUGGAGCACGCCCAAUCUUAAAUCUUCACCAAAAAUCUAAAUACAAGUGAUGUAUUUGCUUAAAAAUUAUAUAAAAAAAAAAAUACAAAAAUCAAAUUGGGUCCAAUGUGUGAAACUUCAGCACCGAGCAGUAAAUUCAGGUCAGAGGAAUGAGUGAUAUCACUAACUGACCAUGUCAUUAGCAAUUUUAAAUCACUUGUUAUAUAAAAAAAAUACGUUUAUAUUAAUAUGUAACUGUACAUACUGUAGUACCUCUGGAGUCCACCAGGGGGCGCACACUUUCGGGAUGACUGUAAUAAAGAAUUCAAAUAACCGGUAAAAUUAGGCUAUGAUGGAACUUCCGUUUGUCAAGUGUAUCGUGACCUCUGUUUGCAGCGUUUCCACCUCCUUUUUUUAAGCACUUAUUUAACCAAAGAAGUUUAUUUGAAAGUUGCAGUCAGUGGAGGUUUAUUUCCGUUUCUCAUUACCGUCCUUCGAGAACACUGCUAACGUCUGCGAGGUUACUUCUCCUUCUUUCCAGCAUGCUAACUGGUAUCUCCAAACCAGCAAGCUCAGCAAGCUUUUUUAUUUGUCUCUCAGCACCAGCACGUUACCAGUUAGCUUGCUAAGUAGCCGCUCCAAACAUCAGCAAGAGUCCAGCGCAGCUUUGAAAGAAAGAAAAGCGUCUCUCUGGCCUGUUUUAAGCGAGCGAAGCCUGAUCAAGGAGGUGAAAAAUCUAAGAUGGGCUUCAACAGAAAGCUUCUGCUGUCCUUUGUUUUUAUCCAAGGUCAAGUCCUUCUCCUGGCUCUGUUGGAGGCCUCCAGCUGUUCAAAAACGAGUUUCUCUCCGUUUAUUUGCUUGUUGGGGAUUGUCUGAUCGUCUGGGCUUUAUCUUAAAACGCCUUGAGAUGGCUUGAUGUGAAUCGGUGCCUCUUACUUUGAUUCCUGUUCAUGUUAUCUGAUCCUCAGACUUGCACAUGAGCCUAAAAUUACUAAAUAAACCCUGAAGCACCCGAGGCUUCGUCGACUUUUGUGCGUCCACAGUUUUAGUCUUCAGACGUUUACGCCUCUGAAUCCUGCGGUUGGGAAUCUUUGUUCUGGCUGUUGAAACUGCAGCAGCUGUGAUUAGUGAGAUCGCACAGCGCUCUGUAUCUCAGCUCUGUCCAGUUUCAGCAGUGAAUUUAAUUUCUUAUUAAUAAAGCCAAUCCUCGCCGAAACCUUCCAUCUGCGGUCCAGUUGCUGCUUUGCCACAUUUCCAGAUUUAUGAUAUUUUUUUAAAAUCCAAAAGAGAAAAUGAGUCUGGAUGAAGCUGUGUUCAGACUGCAAGUGUGACUGUUGCUUCUGUCCUCUCGCCUCAUUCGCGCCGCUGUACUGCUUUCUAACUGAUGACCUAUUUGUUUCUGUCUUUUGCUGUAAGAUGUGGGGACGUGAAACCAAACUGGACGUGUAAACGAGACUCUAAAGCUCAGCGGCAGGUUUCCGUUCCUCUCGGCGUCCGGCUGCGAGCUCUGGUUGUGGGUGUUUCUUUUUCUUCGGUUUCGAUGUGCUUUUAGUUUUUAUGAUAAUAUUAUUUACAGUGAUGAAAAAUCGAAACAUAUAUGUUGUUUACUGAGUUUUUUAAACACGUGUGCACGAGUGCACGCACACGGCCCUCCUUCCUGUUGUUCCCCAUUCACCAUCAGCUGGUUUAAGUGCCUGCCUUGUUCUUACUAAGAAAAAUGAUAUAACGAUGAGCUCUUUUGACCCUUUUUAGUGUGAACAUGAUUCUAAAAACAUGUGCUCUAUUUAUUAAAAGAAAUUUGGAAUAAUUUGAA